GCCAUCGCAAACGCACCGUUUCCGCCAUUGAAAUGCGCCCGGAGACACGGCCGCUCACUUCCCGCCGACAGUAGCGAACGAGAGUCUCCCCGUUACGGCCGUGGCUUUCUGGCCGACCCAUCAUGCAAGCCUUCGAAGACGGCGUCUACACCGGCUCAUGGACCAACUGGGAUAGAGGCCGCGUGCGCGGCGCGACCAUAACGCUGGGCAAGAAGAACGGCCAGGUGCUCACUGCCGUGCUGGCGCUGUUCGUCACGGCGGCGGGGACGAGCUUCUUCAGGCUCGCAUGCUUCGCCAUGCACCGGGCGUUGUCGUCGCGCGAGCCGCAGGAUGCCGUGUACCACCAGCGGCAGGCAGUGCUGCGGAACUCGGCGACGGGCGCCAGUGGCGUGUGGAAGCUCGUGCAGGUGGUCUGGUCGUGGCGCUUUCGGGGGCAGAAUGCGCUCGCGCGUUUGUUUCCCUCGAUACUGUGCGCCGCUCUGAUUACCUCUGCUUUUGUCGUCGCUGGUAUCUUCACUUCGCGCAUCUCUGUUGCCCCUGGUGACAAGGUUUUGCUCGCCGGUGUUAACUGCGGUAUCUACUACCGCCCGGCGGAUGAUGCCGUUUUCCUGACCCUAGGAUUGCCGUACUGGAGCAGUGUCAUCACGGCUUCUGCUGGGCAUGCGCAGCAGUGCUUCGACGUCAACAGCUCCAGCCUGUCCCAGAACUGCGCCACCUAUUACGUCAAGGACGCAUUGCCCUACUCCAAAGAGCUGGACGUCGAGUGUCCUUUUGCCGAAGAGUUGUGUUUGAACAACGGCAGUGCCAUCCGCUUCGAUACCGGCCAUUUGAACAGCCAUUCUGACUUUGGUGUCAAUGCGCCGCCUGAAGACCGUGUGUCGUAUCGGCAGGUCUUGACUUGUGCGCCGCUCACGAGAGAGGGCUUCACGAAUGAUAGAGUGAUCCCGGAAGAUGCGGGAAAGAACAACGAAACGCAGUACUUCUACGGCUCACUGACAGGACAAGAGAAAUUGAACACCACGAACCUCACCUGGUGGAGUCCGAGAGAGCCGAUCCAAGAGGAGGGACUUAGUAUUCUCCGCACCGAAUACGGGUUGAGCGUCGUGCGACAUUAUGGAGGUUACCCCGACUCUGAGCAACCAGGCAACUGGCUGCCUCUGCCCGAGCUCCGCCACUCAGAUGCCAACACGUUCCUCGUCGCCAUCGAACCGCACACGGUGCAAUUCGUGCAACCGGUCGACGAUCCCGUCUUCAGCGCGCACCGGCGCAGUACCUUCAGCACCGGCACCUACUUGGCCGAUUACACAGAAGGCGUCGUGGCGUGCAGGACUCAACAUCAAAUGUGCGCGGGCGAUGCUGCCGAUGGCAAUUGCACGCCACUAACGACACAGGCCCGGAUCCUCUCCGCUCUCAACACGACCUUUCCGCGAGCGGCGCAGUACGGCAGCGCGUCGUCCAUCUUCUCGCUCUUCACUCACGUGAACCUCGAGGUCGGCGACACCAUCGCAGGACUCAAGGCUGCAGCGCUGCACGCUAGGCGUUACUUGGACUCCGGCGUUCAGGGCCCGCUCCCGCCCGAUCAGUGGCAGCGCGAGGUUGAGCUCUGGUGGCGCACGGCGCUCACGGUGCUGCAGAUGAGCUUCACCGAGCAGGCGACGGGGCCGGGCAGCGAGGAGUAUGCGCGGAGCCUGUUCCGCCGGCCCGAGACGGCGGGUGGCGCGAAAAGGUGCGUUAGCCAGAUGGUCCGGAGCGCCGAAUACACGUCGUUUAGCACGCUUGGACUUGGCCUCGUCUUCGGGUUAGGCGGGCUCCUGGUCCUGCUCUCCUGGUCCGUCGAACCGCUCGUGAACCGCUUCCAGAAAAACCGCCGCAAGAACGUCUAUCGUCGCCUCGAGUGGGCCGCCAAUGGGACGUUGCAGCUGCAGCGACUCGCGCAUGAGGAGCUGGGCUUGGGGUCCUGGGGCGGCGGUGCUGAGCUCGUGCCCACGACACAGCCGGGGCAGAAGCUCGCGCUCGUAAGGGUCGCGGAUGCGAAACAUCCGACGUUGGUGUCGCCGGACCAGGCAUCGUGGGAGGAGGAUGACGAUGAUGGGGAUAAGGAGAGCCAGAGGAGCGUUAUUAGAUAGGGCUGUUUUGUUGUUGUUUCCGAAGAGUGUCAUUUUAUAAUACGUUAAGAC